GAUACACUCCCCCCCACACAUCACAGAUGGUACCUUCUGUGCUUCCUGCCUGGAACACUCUGACCAUUAUCAGGAAGUUUCAGGCGGUGGUGCAGCUGUGAGGUUGGGCUUCGAUUUUGUGUUUAUUAUCUAACCGGGUUUCAGGUCAAUACAAAGCCAAAAUGUCGAGCAAAAGGGCUAAGGGAAAGACCACCAAAAAGCGCCCACAGCGCGCAACUUCCAAUGUCUUCGCCAUGUUUGAUCAGUCCCAGAUUCAGGAGUUUAAAGAGGCUUUUAACAUGAUUGAUCAGAAUCGUGAUGGUUUCAUCGACAAAGAGGACUUGCACGACAUGCUUGCAUCACUUGGAAAGAACCCAACAGAGGAAUACCUGGAAGCUAUGAUGAACGAGGCCCCUGGUCCCAUUAACUUCACAAUGUUUCUGACCAUGUUUGGUGAAAAGUUGAAUGGAACAGAUCCUGAGGAUGUUAUUAGAAAUGCAUUUGCCUGCUUUGAUGAAGAAGGCACAGGUGCUAUCCAAGAAGACUACUUGAGAGAGCUCUUGACCACAAUGGGAGACCGGUUUACAGAUGAGGAGGUUGAUGAGCUAUUCAGAGAGGCACCGAUUGACAAAAAGGGCAACUUCAGCUAUGUUGAGUUUACACGCAUCCUGAAACAUGGCGCAAAGGACAAAGACGAUUAAGCAUGGAUUGCAAAAAUAUGCAUUGUCUUCUCGUUCAUAUUAUUAUAUAUCCUAUUUGUUUUGCAUGCAUGCCUUGGCUUUAAAACAAAAUAAUAAUAACAAAAAAAAAAACUUGCUUUUCACCAUAUUUAUGAAACUACUCCAAGUCAUUCUGGCAAAUUUGCACAUGUGUAAUUAAAGGUUGGAAGUACAUUUAUGAUGAUGAUGAUGGGGUGAACAUUCUGCUAACAAAUAAAAAAAUAAAUAAUGUGAAAAUUGGCCUGGGGGGGAAAAAAAAAGCCUUUGUCAAUCUUACUCCUGGUUUAGCUGGAUUUUUACAUUUUGUAAUAAACUUUUGAAAUAAAGAUCGCUAUCAACUCA